UAAGCGCAAACUGAUGAAGGGAAACAGCAAGUUUUCAUUUACCGUAGAGGUGCCAGACAAUGAUAUUACCCCUUCGCUUGUGAAAACGCUCAGGCAGUGUUCAACAAUUCUGUGCUAAAGAUAGCGUUGUCAUGGCUUGGUCAGUUGUGGCGGAGCGCGUUGCGAAUGGGGGAGGAAUCAUUUAAAGUUAAUCUGAGCGACGCGACACUGGGAUUAUCAAUCGCCGCUGCCACUACAGAGAUUUGUUGUCGCUGGGUUAAAGGGUUAGCUCAUUUUUACGCGCGCAAUAAAUUUGACUGCUUUCACAGCCUUGGUGUCUUCACCCGACAGUCUGCGAACUAUAACGGCCCACGAUGGUGAACAGCCGUGUGGAGUCCUCGGCGGUGGCGGUGGCGGGCGGCAGUGGCGGUGGGGCGGUCCGCUCGUGCGCCGGCUGCGGUGGGCGCAUCUCCGACCGCUUCCUGCUCUUCUCCAUGGAGCGCUACUGGCACACACGAUGUCUCAAGUGCUCGUGCUGCCAGGCACAGCUUGGCGAGAUCGGCACCACCUGCUACAGCAAAGGGGGCAUGAUCCUCUGCAAGAACGACUACAUCAGAUUGUUCGGUCACAGUGGAGCUUGCAGUGCAUGUGGACAGUCGAUUCCAGCCAGUGAGAUGGUGAUGAGAGCACAGGGGAAUGUCUACCACCUGAAGUGUUUUACGUGUGCCACAUGUCGGAACCGCCUGGUGCCUGGAGACCGGUUCCACUACGUCAAUGGUACCAUCUUCUGUGAGCACGACCGGCCCGGCGGUGGGGUGCUUGGUGGUCACCUGACCCCCCUGCAAAGCAGCACCCUCCUUCCUGACCAGAAGGUGUGCUGAAGGGGAAAGGUCCUGACACAGCACAGUGGGCUUCUUCCCUGUCCCUUCUGUCUCUCCUUCUUCCCUUACUCUCCUUUCUCUCUUCUUUCCCUCUCCUCUUCUCUCUUAUUCCCUCGUUUUCAUGCCGUGAAAUGUUAGUGCGCCUUCGAGACACCGGCAUCCCUCUGUCCUGUGCAUCAGCCUACCCUAAAAGGACUCUCCACCCGAGCAAAAUUCUCCCAAGGCUAAUUUCCCAACAGCCAACCCAGCCCCUCCUCCAUGUCCCGCCCCCGCUCUCCCGGUCAGGGGUAAGACGAUCAAGCAGAAAGGAAGGACGGAGAGGACUGAGGUUACUGUUAAUGAUGGCUAAGGGUUGUGUGUGGCAGCUCUGUCUGGCAUGGUCAACUGUGGCUGCUGAGAAGUUCUAACCGCAGAAGUUGAGGGGUGGUGGGGGUAUUUUUAAACUAGCAAUGGUAUUUUUAAAACUUGAUGACACUCUUUACAAGGACGCUACAGAAGUUAUGCGACACUCUGGACAGUGAGGUGCAGUGGAUGUCAUUACACUUUCUUUCUGCAUCACGGAUAACGCAAAAUAUUGCUUCUUCCCUCUUGGUUCUCUGGCCGGCCUUUUUUGAGGGACUGAUGUUUCGUGGUUGGCACUCUGUUAUGACACUAUUCACAUAACUUAUGAUUGUUCAAGUUUUUGUACCUGCUGGUGGUUGCUUCUGUUACAUCACUGACUGCAGUUCACAUUUUGUAGGUAGUUCUGAUGUAUGCGUCCUGCUUCGGGGAAAUGCCAAUCCAAAUGUACAUAUUCCUGUACUGUUGUAUUGUGUGCUCAGCCGCUGAAUUUUGUGUUUCUGUGGCCUCUGUUGUUUAAGCAGAGGUACAUUUAAAAUUAUAUAAGAUAUCUGUAUAGUAAAAAAAAAAUUACUUAUUAAAUAACUAUAACCAUUAUA